CAGGAUUACAGGCUGAAUAUUUUCCUGCGUCAGCAAUGGAAUGAUCCCCGUCUGGCUUACAGUGAAUAUCCUGAUGACUCCCUGGAUUUGGAUCCCUCUAUGUUGGACUCCAUCUGGAAGCCUGAUCUGUUUUUUUUUGCCAAUGAGAAAGGGGCAAAUUUUCAUGAAAUCACCACUGACAACAAGCUGCUAAGGAUCUUCAAAAAUGGCAAUGUUCUGUACAGCAUUCGGUUGACUCUGACUUUGGCAUGUCCCAUGGAUCUGAAAAAUUUUCCAAUGGAUGUUCAAACUUGCAUCAUGCAGCUAGAAAGCUUUGGUUAUACAAUGAAUGAUCUGAUCUUCGAGUGGGAAGAGGUGGGCGCUGUGCAGGUGGCAGAAGGUCUUACCCUGCCACAGUUUAUCUUGAAGGAGGAGAAGGAUCUACGGUAUUGCACCAAACACUACAGCACUGGUAAAUUCACUUGCAUUGAAGCCCGCUUCCACUUGGAGAGACAGAUGGGUUACUAUCUCAUUCAGAUGUACAUUCCCAGCCUGCUAAUUGUCAUUCUCUCCUGGGUGUCUUUCUGGAUCAACAUGGAUGCUGCACCUGCCAGAGUUGGCCUUGGCAUCACCACUGUGCUGACCAUGACCACUCAGAGCUCUGGAUCUCGAGCAUCUCUUCCUAAGGUAUCUUAUGUGAAAGCUAUUGAUAUCUGGAUGGCAGUGUGCUUGCUCUUUGUCUUUUCUGCUCUGUUGGAGUAUGCCGCUGUCAACUUUGUCUCACGACAGCACAAGGAGCUGCUACGUUUUAGGAGGAAGCGACGACACCACAAGGUAACCUCCCCUAAGACCUGCUAUGAGCCAUGGGUCCAGUUGAAGGAUGAGUUCUAUCAAAGCCGCUUCAGCUUUGCUGCUUACGGAAUGGGCCCUGCAUGUCUUCAGGCCAAAGAUGGGAUCUCGGUAAAAGGAAACAACAACAACAACCCCACCAGUUCAGCACCCCCUGCUUCAAGAUCUCCAGAUGAGAUGCGUAAGCUUUUUAUCAGCCGGGCUAAAAAAAUCGACAAGGUAUCCAGGAUCGGCUUUCCUUUGGUUUUUCUUAUAUUCAAUACUUUCUACUGGAUCAUCUACAAGAUUGUGCGUAGCGAGGAUGUUCACAAGCAGUGA